AUGGUUAUUUUGUGGCCGUUUGCGCUAGGCCUCUUCACUACAGCUUCUGCAAUAGCUACCGGUUGUAGUGAGCUCCCAACGGUCGAUUUGGGAUAUGAGUUGCAUCAAGCCAUCUCCUUUAAUGAGACUGGCCAGUACUAUAACUUCUCCAACAUUCGAUAUGCUAGGGAUCCUAGUGGCGACCUGAGAUUUGCAGCACCCAAGCCCCCUUUGCGAAAUCGAACAUCUGUGCAAAGAGGUGAAACCAACGUAGCCUGCCCCCAGGCUUUUGCUGUCUGGUACCUUUGCGGCUUAGCCCAACAGAGCGGGACUAUCAAGUCAACAAAGGAUUGUGGCCCAUCACUUCUACCACCUCCUGAUCCUGCUGAGCGGGAGGAUUGCCUUUUCUUGGAUGUCAUUGUGCCAAGAUCCAUAUUUGAUAAUAGAAAAGGCAAACCAGCAUCAGUCAUGGUUUGGGUGUACGGAGGAGGCUUCGCCUUUGGAAAGAAAGGACAAGAUGGCAACCCAGCAGGCCUUUUAGCACAGAGUCAGCAGGUCGAUCCUGAAGGGCGUGGUAUCAUCUAUGUUCAAUUUAAUUACCGCGGUGGCGCAUUCGGCUUCCUCCAAGGCCCCAGCGUGCAAGCCAAUGGAACUGCAAAUGCAGGACUUCUAGACCAGCGUAUGGCAUUAGAAUGGGUACAGCAGCAUAUACAUAACUUUGGCGGUGAUCCAAAGCGUGUAACAGUCUUUGGUCAAUCAGCUGGCGGGGGCUCCAUCUUGCACCAAAUCACCGCCCAUGGAGGUUCUAAUGGUCCCGCGCCUUUUCAAAAGGCCAUCAUGCAAUCCCCAGGAUUCCCGCUUGUGCCAUCUCGGUAUCAGCAAGAGAACUUGACUCAGCGCUUUCUUAAGCACCUAAACGUAUCGACUAUUGCUGAGGCACGACAGCAACCCUACGAAGCCCUCUACGCUGCCAAUGUAGCUAUAGUGGCGAACUCCAACUACGGAACAUUUACUUGGGCACCAGCCCCGGAUAAUGAUUUUGUCCCAGGCCUUCCGGGAACGCUAUUGUCUGAAGGUCUCUAUGACAAAAGCGUCAAAAUUAUGACCGGCUUUAACUCUCAUGAAACGUUAUUUUUUACAUCUCCGAACAAUACCAACAAUGCCUUCUUUGUCAACAACCUUAAAACUACAUUUUUGGGUAUACAAGAAUCCGUUGUCAAUCAUGUGUCAGAGGUUCUCUACCCCCCGAUCUUUAACACGACUCUGUACAGCGACUUCUUCUCACGUGCUGAAUUAGCCCUUGCAGAAAGCGCAUUCACCUGCAAUACAUACUACCUGCAGAAAGCCUUUCGACAAUUCUCCUCUACAUACGGAUACAGAUUUAACAUACCUCCUGGAUAUCACGGGGAAGAUGUGCCGUAUACAUUUUAUAACGGGCCAAAUGGAGAUAUCAAUGCGUCAGUCGCAAUUCCUUUACAGCGACAUCUAACGUCGUUUGCAAUCAGGGGAAACCCAAAUAAAGGUGCCCAAGUGAGGAUGCCUGUCUAUGGAUCAGAGGGCUUGGUCUUGGAUUUGACGCCAGAAGGUGAAAAUGUGAUUAGUGAUCCAAGUCACAACGACCGAUGCAGCUGGUGGCAGCAGUCUCUUUAUUACUAG